AUGGCGGCUGACACUGUCCAUCGAAGGCUAAACAAAUACGAAUGGUCGGAGAACACAUCCACAAAGGGCGGAGCCUCUCCUCAACCUAGCGGGGCCGUGAAGGAAGUGCUCGGGAGUGCUAUGGCGUGCUCCGAAAAGAAGGUCUACCUCUGUGGCGGCUAUGAUCCACGGACGGGUCGCAGCCUUCCGCAGCUUAUGGAGUUUGACCUGUCUACAAAACAAUGGUCAAAAGGGCUGACACUGCCCGAGAGAUUGCGAAAUGCAUCGGCUGUUGCGUUUGGGGACUACUGCCUUGUGUUUGGUGGCUGGAAUGACGAGACGUACAGCAAGAAUCUGUGGCUGCUUGCGCCAAAAAGCCAAGACAUGGCUGCCACAAAUAAUAAGGAGCCACUUAUUAGUGUAUGGACAUUGGUGCGGUCUACGGGUUUGACACCAUCUGCCCGUGUCUGUCACUCUAUGGUUUUGGGCACAAUGGGCGGUGAGGAGGAUGCAUCUCAAAAUCCAGUAGUAUACGUGUUUGGUGGCUUUGAUGGUGAACGGCGGUUGAAUGAUGUCUGGCGACUUCGACUGGGUCCCUUGCUUGAGAAGGGUGAGGCGACAUGGGAAUUGAUUGAGGCAAAAGGUGGGACCCCACCGUCACCACGGGACGAUGCCGCCGUUGCAUUUGACGGGAUAAAUGAGCGGAUUCUCGUUUUUGGAGGGUUUGCGUCAUGUCUACAGAGUGACCUCCACAUACUGACGCUGCGCGGCGGUGAGAACACGUGGAUGUGCCAGCCGUGUCUCGGGGUGCCAUCAAGGCGCCAGGGCUGUGUCGCAGCGAUGUCGAACGGCUAUCUUGUUGUUUGCCUAGGCGAGGAUGAGAAGGGUCCUAUUCCGCAGAUCCUUCAGCUGUCUAUGGCAGAUUUCAAGUGGUCGCUCUUGUCGCUCGAAAAGGAGGAGCUUUCAGGGCGCAGGGGCUGUGUGGGGUGCGCCAGUGAACGGGGAAAGCGCAUCGUAGUGUUUGGAGGCGGCGUUCCACCAAAGACCCACACCAGUCUUCUAGAGCUAGAGCUUGAAAAGUCGGACGCGAGCAGCUCGAGAAAAAAGUGA